CUCAUAUGCAUUUGUCCAGGACAGGAUGAUGUGGUGUGUUUUGUCCUGCUGUCUGCUCCUGUUGUCGCUCUGCUCCUGCUCAACCGGCGCAGGGAUGGAGGACUCCGACUGGGGCUCUGGACUCCACGAGCUCCUCAGCAGUUUCCCAGCUGACAGUCCUUUCCUCAGAGAGACACCCGGCACGCCUGCCAACUGCACCCAGCGCUUCUGGCUGCCGCCGUCCUCCCCGGUGUGCUGGGACGACAUCGCAGGACCAGAGGAGUUUGAGAAGUCCCGUAUGCUGGUGCUGCAGAACCGAGCUGCUCUGCAGGCCGUGUCUACAUCCAGCGGCAUGGAGGACGGGGGAGCAUCCUACGAUCAACAGGCCAGAGAGGAGGUCCAAGGCGUGCGGGACGAUCACCUCGCCGUCAUCCAGACCACAGACACCAUGCAGAAGGUCUUCCUUGAUCUGGAUGAGAAGAGGAAGGACGGGAAAGAGCAUUAUAGCUUCAACAGUCUGAAGGAGCAAAUUGAAAACACCAGAGGCUCCAUUGCUAACCGUGAGCAAGCAGCAGCUCUUCUGGAGAAACACCUGCUCAAUCUGGAGAGGUUUUUGAACACUAUGCAGCUUCGACUUGAUGAACUGUUUUCCCAGUAAUUUAAAAUGAGCAACACAAACCAUCUCAUGUCAAACGAGCUUGUGGAAAAUAAUCUAAUGCAUGAUUCAUUCUUUUUUUUUUAAUCAAAGAAACAACUUCUUUGACAGUAUACUGCAUGCUAAAAUAGCACCCUGCAUUUUUCUUUGGAGGUGCAUUUUUUUACCCUCAUAAUUCACUCAAAAUCUGUAUAGUAUUUUUGAAUUUUGGGUCCAUCUGGAGCCCGGUUCAAUAAGGAGGUUCAACCAACUCUGAGAUAAAACUUGACGAGUUUCAGAACAGCUGAAUUUAGUUUAACUCUGAGCUAAGAGUGUAAAAAGCUGUGAUCAAUGGAGAUCUGAUGUUACGAUUCACCAUGGCAACUAGGGUUGGGUCGAUAGAUGAGGCCAUCAUCCAUCACCGAUAGACAUCACUAUGCUGAGCCAGCAUCGCGUUCCUCCACCCCGCCGCCGUCACAGCAGGAAGCAGUUCACGAAAAAUACACACUUAGGCCCCGUUUACACUAAUACGUCUUAGUUUAAGAUGGCAUUUUAGAAUGAAAAUCGAUCCACGUCCACACUGGUGUUUCAUCUAGAAUUUCUGAAAAGCCCUCCUUCCACACUAUACAGCUGAAAACACACAUCAAGUGACCACACACACUCUAUCAUGUGCUGCAGCAUCUGCGCUCCAGCAGUCAAUGGUGCUUUCAGCACAAAACCCCAGAGAGCAGUGAACGUCGUAUAGUUUAUCAAGGAUGUACCGCUGGAUCGCGUCUCAUUAUAGUUGUUAAAUGUGAUAUUUAAUUAAUCUUGUCUCUAUCUAACGGCUCUUCUGUUUUUUAAAUCUAUCAGGUAACGUGUCACAGUGUCAGUACACUGCUUCAGUCUUUCGCUUUCAUGCUUGUACUCAGUCAUUUUAGUGAAAACCUCAGAUACUGUUGGUUGGUUCCUGUUGGUUGAGCACCUUUUUUACCAACCAAGUUUGUCGACGCCAUUAUAACGACACAGAUCACUCUGCCUAUUCAUGCCAGAGUCCUGCGGGAAAAGUGAUUGACAGGUGGUAAUUUGUGUGUAACUUAUCUUUAUUUAUUUAUGAUUUGGUUAUGGCUAAAACAAAGACCAUGUGGUUCAGGUAGUUGAAACGGCAGGCUACAAAUAAUUAAUUCGUUAUGAAUUCAUUAAUUAUUCAAAAAGAAUUAAUUCACUGCUGCCUAC